AUGUGGUCUGUGUUAACUCAGAUUUUGUCCAACAAGUCUAAGGCUCGUGUUCUUCAGCUUCGUGGCUUACUUCAGACUACGAAGAAAGGGGCUACACAUGUUGAUGAAUAUGUUCUUAAGAUGCAGUGUUUGGCUGAUGCGUUGAUGGUUGUUGGUCAAGCAAUUUCCGAUGAUGAUCUGAUUAUGUAUAUUCUUGGUGGCUUGGGUAGUGAGUAUGAGUCGGUGGUUGUAAAUCUCACUUCCAAGGACUCGGUUACUCUGCAAGAAGUCCAGUUCAUGCUCCAAAGCCAGGAGUUGCGUCUUGAGCAACAACAUGCUCUUUUUGCUUUGGAUCUUCACCCUCCUACUGUUAAUUAUGCUUCUGUUACUAAGAAUGAGUCUUCUACUUCAUCUUCUGGUUACUCUGCUCAUAAUCGUGGUUCUCAAUGUGGCCGAGGUGAUCGUUUCUAUCCCAAUCGCAACACUGGUAAUCGUCCGAUUUGUCAGCUGUGCAACAAGCUUGGUCAUGUUGUGCUCAAAUGCUACAAGCGUUUCGAUCUGAGUUUUCAUGGAGAUACUCGUUCUUAA